UGAAUGGGGCGCGUCCGCCUGCGCGGCCGUGGGGUCGCCGCGGUGUCCCGCAACCCCGGCACAGUAUUUCAUUUUCUGUGCGCUUCCAGGAAGGGACACCCGGGGCCUCGUUUACACGUCUCAGCGCACGAGACGCUGCUCCUCUCUGCACGCUUCUGAUGCUUCUUGGUUACUGUGCGUGUUUCUGGAUAUGACAUUCAAGUAUCCCUGCCUGGCGUGGAAGCUGGAGAGAGAGCAGACCUGGGCAGCGGCGCUGCGGGAGCACGAGGCGCUGUGACCGCGGAUUUUAUUCUUAAAUAAAUGCUCAGCCUCAAGCCUGGUUAGGCAGACAUCAGAAGAAGGCAGAUCGCAGGCCCCUCAUCCGUGGGAGCAGUGGGAUGGCCCAGGGAGGCAGAGACUCUGAGAAGAUGACGCAGAAGGAGCACCAUGCUGUCGAGCCGCCAGCAUUCCCGCGUCCGAGACCAGCAGGUCCACCCCGUGUGCGCGCGCGUCUGCACCGCGAUGCGUUCAGCGGGAGAGCUUCAGGAGCGGCAUGAAGCAACAUGCCCGUGAGUUCGCCCGUCCGCCGCUCCGUCAGAUUCAUGAUUAGCCAUAUUCAUAAACAUCCUCAGAGAGAGUUCUUCAGCCAGAACCGGAUAGUUAUGGUUAGUCAUGGAGAGCCGCCGGGAGCCUCGUCCCCAAGGAGUAGGUGAUUCGGAGAACACGAACUCGAAAAUAGAGGAAGAUGACUCCCAAACCCCUGAUGACAGUGUGCAGAGAAUGGACGUUGGAAGCGAGCUGGAGGACGGGAGGCAGGCGGGCCGCGGCCAGGAGCAGGCAGAGGGCGGCGGCGUGGGCUGCGCAGGCCAGCCCCCCGGGCGGCGCGCCUCCCCGGAGCCCGAGGACGACUACGGGGCGCUGCUGGCGCAGUACAGCAGCACCCUGUACAGCGUGGCCAUGGAGGCCGUGACGCAGAGCCUGCUCGCCGGCCGCGGCCUGGGCUCCAGGAAGAAGUCCCCGGCCUGGAAGCACUUUUUCAUCUCGCCGCGGGACAGCACCAAGGCCGUGUGCACCUACUGCAUGAAGGAGUUCAGCCGCGGCAAGAACGAGAAGGACCUGAGCACCAGCUGCCUCAUGCGGCACGUGCGCAGGGCGCACCCCAGCGCACUGGCAGCGGACCCCGCCUCGGCGCCGUGCCCCGCACCCGCGCCUGCCGACCCCGGGGCAGCCGCCAAGGGCCUGGCUCCCCCCCAGGCCAUGGAGGACGCCGGCUCCGCGGUUCCUUCCGAAGAGGCCGCCUCCGACGCACUGGCCUCGGAGAGGUACGGCCGGGAGGAGGGCCCGGCGGGGCCGCCCCCGCACGCGCGCGCCCUGCGCUGCAGCGAGCCUGCCGAGAGCGGGGCGGAGAAGAACCUGUCCCUGCCGCGGAGCGGGUGCGGGUCCCGCCGGCGGUCGGCCGUCUGGAAGCACUUCUACCUGUCGCCCCUGGACAGCUCCAAGGCCGUGUGCAUCCAUUGCAUGAACGAGUUCAGCCGCGGCAAGAACGGGAAGGACCUGGGCACCAGCUGCCUCAUCAGGCACAUGUGGCGGGCGCACCGCGCCAUCGUGCUGCGGGAGAGCGGCGGCCCCGCUGCGCCUUCCCCCGGCCCCGCGCCGGCCCUGGGGCCCGCCGGGCCGCUGCCAGACGCGGAGUCCGGCCCCCUGCCGGUGUCUCCGGGGAGGGCGCUCCAGGACCCCGCCUCCGCAGCCUCCUCCCCCGACCGGCCGGCGGAGGAGCCGCACGCACUCUGGGGCCCCGGGGGCGCGGCGUCCCCCUCCUCCGACGCGGGCGAGGCCUCGUGGGGGUCAUCUCCCGAGACGCAGCUGGGCGGCGCGCCGAGCCCUCGGCCGCGGGAGCCGGGCGCCGUGUUCCAGCAGAACAAGAAGGUGAUGAAGAGGCUGAAGUCGGAGGUGUGGCACCACUUCUCGCUGGCGCCCACGGACAGCCUCAAGGCCCUGUGCAGGCACUGCGGCUGCGCCAUCAGCCGGGGCAAGCGGGGCGACGUGGGCACCAGCUGCCUCAUGCGGCACCUCUACAGGCGCCACCCCGAGGUGGCCGGGGCCCAGAAGGGCUUCCUGGGGGCUGGCCUGGCCAGCUCACCCUAUGCCACCCUGGCUUCCGCUGAAAUGUCCUCCUCCCGGUUGACCAGCCUGCCGACCGUGGUCACCAAAAACCAUCAAGCUGCGUUUCCCGUCAACAGCAAGAAGACCUCCAAGCUGUGGAACCACUUCUCUACCUGCUCCGCAGACCCCACGAAGGUCGCCUGCCUGCACUGCGGCCGGACCAUCAGCCGGGGCAAGAAGCCCACGAACCUGGGCACCAGCUGUCUCCUGCGGCACCUGCAGCGCUUCCACGGCGGCGUGCUGAAGCCCGAGGGCGCCCGGGCUGCCCCACCCUCCCCUCCUGGCGCCCAGGCACCCCUGGGCCCGCCGUCGGCAGGCGCCGCGGCCUCUGACGACGGCAGUGAGAAGUUUUACGAUUCUCACCCCGUCGCUAAGAAAAUCACGAGUCUCAUUGCUGAGAUGAUUGCCCUUGACCUCCAGCCGUACUCACUGGUGGACAACGUUGGCUUCAACAGGCUGCUGGCAUACUUGAAACCUCAGUACUCCCUGCCCCCACCGGCCUACUUCUCCCGGACGGCCAUCCCGGGCAUGUACGAGGACGUGAAGCACGUCAUCAUGGCACACCUGCAGGAAGCCGAGAGCGGCGUAGUCCACUUCACGUCGGGCAUCUGGAUGAGCAGCCAGACGCGGGAGUACCUGACCCUCACGGCCCACUGGGUCACCUUCGCGCCCGCGGCCCGGCCGCACUGUGAGGACCACCACUGCUCAGCGCUGCUGGACGUGUCGCAAGUGGACUGUGACUACAGCGGCAGCAGCAUCCAGAAACAGCUGGAGUGUUGGUGGGAGGCCUGGGUGACGUCCUCCGGCCUGCAGGUGGGCAUCACCGUCACUGACAACCCCAGCAUCGGGAAGACGCUGAACGAGGGGGCGCGCUCCAGCGUGCCCUGCUUCAGCCACACUGUCAACCUCAUCGUCAGCGAGGCCAUCAAGAGCCAGAGAAUGGUCCAGAACCUGCUGAGCACCGCCCGGAAGAUCUGCGAGCGGGUGCAGCGCUCGCCCCGUGCCAAGGCCAAGCUGGCGGAGCUGCAGCGGGAGUACGGGCUGCCGCCCCACCACCUGCUGCAGGACGUGCCGUCCAAGUGGAGCACAUCCUUCCACAUGCUGGAGCGGCUGCUGGAGCAGAAGCGGGCGGUGAACGCACUGUCCGUCGAGUGUGACUUCCGGGAGCUGCUGAGCUGCGACCAGUGGGAGGUGAUGCAGUCCGUGUGCCACGCCCUGAAGCCCUUCGCCACCGCCAGCCGGGAGAUGAGUGCGCACGUGUCCACGCUGAGCCAGGUCAUCCCCAUGAUCCACAUCCUCACCCGCAGGGUAGAGAUGCUGUUCCAGGAGACCAUGGGCAUUGACACCAUGCUCCGCGCCCUCAGGGAGGCCAUGGUGAGCCGCCUGUCGGCCACACUGCACGACCCCAGGUACGUGCUGGCCACCCUGCUGGACCCGCGCUACAAGGCCUCCCUGUUCUCCGAGGAGGAGGCUGAGCAGUGCAAGCAGGACUUGAUCAGGGAGCUGGAGACGCUGGAUCCUACCUCAGAGCCCGCGCCCGUCCCCAGCGGCUGCGAGCCGGGCUCCCCGCCCCGGGACUGCGCCGGCGAGGAGAGCCUCUGGGCGCUCAUGGCCAAGCUGAAGAAGAGCGAGCGUGGAGGGCGGCCCAAGGUCCCCGAGGACAUGGUGCUCGCCUACCUGGAGGAGGAGGUGCUGGAGCACAGCUGCAACCCGCUCGCCUACUGGAGCCUCAAGAGGGCCACCUGGCCCGGCCUCUCUGCCUUGGCCGUGCGCUUCCUGGGCUGCCCCCCAAGCAUCGUCCCUUCUGAGCGGCUAUUCAGCACGCCCCCUGAGAACGGCAGCUUCGGCCAGUCUAGGCUUCUAAUGGAGCAUUUUGAGAAACUCAUCUUUCUGAAAGUGAAUCUUCCCUUAAUAUGCUUCCAGUACUGAAGAGCCCACUGGAGCCACCCGGCGAGCACCGGCAUCUGUCCAGGCUGGCGCUCGCCGCAGCCGGCCCUGCAGGACGGCAGGCCGGGCGCUCAGGUCCACGGCCGCGGGAGGGGCUGCCCGGCCCUCGCUGUCGCGGCCACACGUGCCUUAACCAGUCCUUCAGGCCAGGUACCAUGGUGUGUGUUUUCAGAAGUCCACUAGAAGCAGCUUGCCUCGUCAAUGAUGAAAUACGAUGAUUGGGUUUUCAUUUGUAACUGUAAGGUUUUUUACAAGUUGGGGAUCAGUAGUUUGUUUCAGUAGAAUGGCAGAGGAGAGGUGAGCCGUUUUAUUCCAUAGGCUUCUUAUUCGAUUAUGUAAAAAUCAGAUCAGGUACUGUAUUUUAGUUAAAAAUUGCUUUAAUUGCAACAGAACAGCCUUUGUGGCUGUCAAAUAAAACCUGUAAAUAGGAGGUGGAGUUGAAGCCAUCUUGACCGAGCAGUUUCUGACGGUGGCUGUACAGGGCGUUGAGGGGGACAGAGUGCUCUGGGAGGCAGCUGUCGACCACGACAGAGAUGUGGCAUCGGCGACAAGCCCGAGCUGACACAUGACGAAGGGUCGGUCGCGCAGGGUUUCCGCAGAGAGCGAGCUCCCAUUUCAGGGUCUGCCCUGGUGCCACGUGGGCGGUUAGCUUGGACACACCCCCACGUUCACAGUGUGCACGGUGGGGCCUGCUCUGUGGCCAGUGCGUGGCGUGACACGUUUACAGCCUCCUGUUGAUGAAUCUCUGAGCCUCUGACUCAGUGGCUCUACAUCAUGAAGCUGUCUUGAAAUUUGUGCACUGACCCCCAAACUGAUCCAAUUACGUACACAGUUCUUUUUAGAAGAGGUGGCUUAUUAACAGGGAGGAAGAUUGCUAUGUUAUGGUUGUAAGAAUAGCCUUAGGCGUUUAGAUUUUCUUUUAUAAAAUAGGGAAGAUUCAGCCAUCAGUGGGGUGUUUAGGAUCCCAAGGACAUCAGAAUGGAUUAUCAGUCAUCAGGUUUUUUUUUUUUUAACAAUAAUAUGUCUUCAAAGUUUUUGUCUCAGCGUCUAGAAAAGAAUUCAUUUUCUUAUUUCAAACUGGUUAAAUAUUCUGGGUGAGACGAGUCACUGACUUGCCUGUGACCUUUUAGAAAAGUUGUUGUUUUGUUAAAAUACUGUACUAUUAUUGAUCUGAAUUUGCAUUGACUGUUUUUAGU